GUCCGAUCAUGAACACCAAGGUCCUCCUCCUGCUCAGUCUGGCAGCCAUCGUUGCCGCAGAUACACGUGAAGUCUACCGCCCACCUCAGGAAAUUUCUGAGGAGUCUUCUGAGGAAUCCUACGAGUCUUCGGAAGCCAAGUACAGCUUCGACUGGGCCGUCAGCGAUGACUCCUCAAGCAACGAAUUCGGACACCAGGAGACCCGCGACGGAGACCUCACCCAGGGAUCCUACUACGUGCAGCUCCCCGACGGCCGCCUGCAGACCGUCAAGUACUACGUGGACGGCGACUCCGGCUACGUGGCCGAAGUCAACUACGAGGGCGAAAUAUCUGACGAGUCUAACUCUUCUGAGUCUGAGGAGGAUGCGCCACGAUACGAAUCUUAGUGAAAAGAUGACACCGUAAAAUAUCUUAUUCAGAUCUGUUACUUUCG